CUUUCUUGUAGUAUAGUGUGCACUGCUUUUAACUUGCUUGUAUUUUAUUACAUGGUUUUGCAUCUAAAAUUCAGCUUCUACUAUUAAACUUGGUUUUUCGUUCUUUGCAUAUGAUUCAGUGCAAGGAAAGGAUUUGGUAUCAGCAGUUCAGCACAAACACAAAUGGCGUCGUCUUUGCAGGAUCUUUUAGCAGAAGACUGGAUUUAGGGGAAAAAAUUGUUGAGCAAAUCAAAGGCUUCCUCCUUCCACUCAGGUUCAACUACGCGUCAUUUGGCUAAUUCGGAUCCACACAAGAGACGUUCCAUGUCAGGGGAUAGAAUUAGGACAGAGAAAACAAGGUCUGAUGUGUCUCGGUUUGCUGUGAAUAAUGAUCUUCCAACGGGUGAUGGUGUUGCAGGUAGGAGACCAUCCGUUGAUGGAGGAUCAAAGAAAGAAGUUAGGGAUGGACUCAGAGAAACAGGUGCUACUAGGUUGAGGGAAGCUAGAAGUUUGAAUAGAAUUUUUCCGCGGAGUCUGCCACGAAAUGAGAUAGUUGAGGUUGAAGGUGAAGAUUUUGAGAGAUACAAGGAUAUAUAUUCGAACGAAUUGUAUAGCUCAGAAAAAAGAAAGGAUAAGUAUUUGAUCGGAAGUAUGGAAGACGAUGGACUUGAAGAGAGGUCAAAGAAGGACAUGGAGUUUGAUAGGAGGAAUGGCCACAGUUCAAACAAAUAUGUUCCUGGACGUACGAGUUUUAGCGACAGCAAUAGACAAAGCAGGAAACUGCCAGAGGCCUCACAUGACAGAUCAAGGAGAGAUUCAUCAUAUGACAAAACUUCGGAAGAUGUUCGCAGACAAAAGCGUGAUAAAGUUUUACAGGGAGUUCCUGAACCUGCUCUUGAUGAAAUUGCUAUCCAAGCCAUUGUUUCCAUUCUGAGUGGAUGCAUUAAGCAGUUUCUCAAAGAUGAGAAUUUCCGGCAUGAACUCAGAGACAAAUGUAUCUCCUUCCUAAACUUUGUUGAUCCGGAAGAAGGGAAUGCCGAGAGCAGAAUCAUUGCCAGAUUUGAACAGGCAAUCGAAACAGUGGAAAAGGCUACAGAGGAGUCAGCAAGCGAAUGGGAUUUAAAACGAGCUUCAUUGCAGUUUAGUGUUAUAACCGGGUUGAACAAUGCCGAUUUGACAGAUGGAUUGACAGCCGGAGUUCCUAAUUACAAACUGUCAGCCUGUGCUCAUCUCUAUCUCAGUGUGGUGUACAAGUUACUGAAGAAAGACCGUGUAUCAGCAAAGCAUCUUUUGCAAGUUUUUUGUGAUACGCCCUUUCACGCACGAAUGACAUUGUUGCCUGAAUUAUGGGAUCGACUAUUUCUUCCACAUUUGACACAUUUAAAGACGUGGUAUGAUCAGGAAGCUGAUUCAAUAGCGGAUAGACAAAACAAGCCGAGGAAGCUGAAGCUUUUAGGAAAAAUGUACAAUGAAAUGUUGGAUUCUGGGACUUACCAAUUUGCCGUUUACUAUAAGGACUGGCUCACCGAAGGAGUUGAAUCUCCUCCCACUCCUGCUAUCCAUAUCCCAACUGUAAUAUCUCUUCAGGAAGCUCAGCAGGGAAGUUCUGAAAGUCAUUCUUCGGAAGCUGGUAGUCCAGGCGGUCCACAGCUAAUGGUCAGCAAAAAACUAUACGAUUCUGUGUUUAGCCGUGCAAGUAAACCUGAUCCUAAUGAUACCGAGGAUGACGGAGAGAUGGAAAACUUGGAUACUUUUACGAGAAGUUCUGAUGGUUCAUUUGUUGUGAAACAAAUAACUCAGGACUCUGCCGAAACAGUUCAAUAUCAGUACCACGACACUGAAGAUGAUUACUCUAAGAGUGCGCCGGGAGAUGGAUCCCUUUCUGUGUCAUUGUCAUGCUCUAAAACAUUUUUGAAGGAAAAUGGACUCAUCACGACAGAAGAGCAAAAAUGGGGUUAUCUUGGAGUGAAUGAUCUGCCAGAAGGCAACCUAAAUCAUCAGUUCGGUAACAUGUCUGGAGAAAACUCAGAAAGCCCCCAUAUGCUGCAUGCACAGGAGAAUAAGCUCACCCUCAAAAUCCAUGUAAACUCCGUUUUUGAACAGAAGCCCAUGGAGGAUUCCCGCGAUCACAAUUUAUCUACUAUAUCGAAUUUCAGUGAACCUUCGAUUGCCAGUUCUAUUGUAAACCCAAUCAAAGCAAGGUCUUCGUUCGAUGAUUUACAUGGAAAUUAUUUUGAAGAAGGAGUCACUUUCUCGGGCAUUCCUCAGGACUUCAUUUGCCCUCUAAAUGGACGGUUGUUUGAUGAUCCAGUGACCCUAGAGACGGGUCAAACCUUUGAGCGUUUGGCCAUCAAGACGUGGCUUGAUCAGGGAAACAGAACAUGUCCGGUGACAGGAAAAGCUUUGGAAUGUCUAGUGUUGCCUCUUCCUAACUCUAUCUUAAAGCGUGUGAUUCGUAGUUGGAAAUCUGAACAUUGUCGGAAACUCUUAGCUUUUGCCUCUCAUGUAGUGGGGACCUUGGUGAGAGAUGUGUCCAGUCACUGCGACGAGACUGCUAUUUCCGUACUAGAGCAGCUUCUCACUUGUUUCAGUAAUGACGAAAGGACAGAAAAUGCCAAGCACCUGAUCUCUCUUGGAGGCUUGCAGUUUCUUCUUCAGCGGUUUCAUUACGGAAAAGUUGAAGAGAAAUCGCGUGCGGCAGCAUUACUGUUGUGUUGCAUAGAAGCAGAUGCAGAUUGUAGGAAUCAAAUAGCAAGAGACAUUAACAAACAGUAUGUUAUGGAGAUGCUCCAAAGCCAGCAAUUUAAAAUAAGAACAAAUGCAGUGUUGUUGUUGACGGAAUUGAUUUGCCUCAAGAGGAAGAAAGACGUCACAACAUUUCUCAGUGGCUUGCAGAUUGAGGGGAUGGUGGAUACAAUGGAUGUUCUGCUUGCGUGUCUCCAGAGUUCUCCAGCAAACCACAGACCCCUGGUUGCCGUGCUUUUGUUGCACGUAGAUCUUCUGUUCAAAAGAACUGGUUGCUGCUGGGUUGGAGGUGAAUAA